AGAUGGCGGCAGAUUCUGAAAACAUUGAAAUAACUUGUCCGGAAAUUAAAAAUUUAAUAGAAGUUUCAACGAAUAUAAGUUGCUCGGUGGAUGGAUGUAAUAAAAUACUACCUAAUACUUCGGCACUACGCAUGCAUUUGGUAAAAACCCAUAAAACAAGCACAGAAAAAAAUGUGUUUGUGAGAGGUCAAGUAUGUGACAAAGAAGAGAAAAGAAAGACAGUAUUUUGUUGUCCUGUUGAGAACUGUGUACGAGGAAAAAACACUGGAAGAUAUUUUCAUCGUUUAGCUCACGUAAAACAGCACUACAUGAAUGUGCAUGGGGAAAAAAAAUUUGUUUGCAAGAAAUGUGAGAAGAGAUUUGGCCGAAAUGAUGUUUGUGUUCGACACGAAAAGAUGUGUGGAAUGAUCUUCCCUUGUUCUUGUGGUGUGGAAUUCAAUAAUCGGACAUCAAUGUUGACACAUGCACGACGCAGCAAUCAUCUUGUUCUCUCAUCUGGAUUAAAUGAGAGAAAAGGAAAACAACUAGAGCAGGAAAGUAUAAAAUUACCAGAUCAAGGACAAGGAGUGUGCAUUUCUUUUGUGCCUGUUUACAGUAAAGAUUGUUCAACUGUUGUCAGACCACUUAUUCCAAAGAAAAUGUUCUCUGAUGUAGAAACCCAAACAGACAAAACAAGUUGUCAAAGCAAUCAAAAAUCAUCAAAAAAUCAAAAUGAGAGCUCAUUAACAUUGAAUGAAACUUCAUCAGUACUUGAUGACAGCUCAUUACCACAAAAUAAGAGCUGCUCAGUUGAUGAUGAAAGUGAAAUAUUAAAACAGAAAAAUGAAUGUUCAGUUAACAUGGCCUCAUUUAUGAUGCAAAGUGAUAAAGGAGUUAUGGUAAAUAUGGCAACAGAAAGACCUGAUCUAGAGGCCUUAUGUAAGUACACACAAACUGCAGAAUAUCUACAAGAUGGUUUUGAUGAUAAUCUAGAUGUGGACUUUACAAUGGAUAAUGAAGAUUUCAAAGAACUAACUCAUUCACAAACACAAACAAACUGGGGGUUAACAUUUGGUAAUUUGUUUGAAGACAAUGAGACACAAACAUUGGAAUCCUAUCUUGAACUAGAUCAAUCAACAAUGGAUUGUGCAACUCAAACCAGAACUAUCUUAGAUGAGAUUUUUUCAGUUGAUAUGGAAACUCAGACACUCAUUCCUGCAAUCUCUUUUGAUGAGGAUUUUGAAGGCAUCAACUGUGGAAGUAGCAUGGAUGGACAGACACAAACAUUGCCAUGGACAACUUUUGCAGAUUCUGAUGCACUAAGUAUGCUACAAAGCUCAACAGGUUCGAGCAUAGAUGAACAGACACAAACAUUUCCUACAUAUGAAGCAACUCUUGAUAUCUUGCAAGGUUCAACCUUGAAUGUUGAAACACAAACUGCUUUUAAUGAUGUACAGCUAUCUGGAUAUGAUAAUCUCCAAAAAUUUUGAAAAAAACCCAACUAAUUUUAAUAACUUACAAAUUUAGUUAUUACAUUAAAAAAUAACAAAACA